AUAUUUUAGAGAGAAUAUGUGGUCUUAUCUUGUCAAUAUUAGAGCAAGAAAUUAACAAGUCUAGUUACCUUCUCCCUUUUUAAGAGUAUUUAAGAUGAAGCAGCUGAGGUAAAUCCUUUCAUGGAGUUGUCACUUCUGAGAAUGGAGAUGAUGCUGUACAACAUAAUAGCAGUAGUCAGUGUUGCAAUUAUCUUGAUAUAUACAUGGAAAGUGUUGAACUGGGCAUGGUUUAGGCCAAAGAAAAUGGAGAAUUGCUUAAGAGAGAGGGGUCUCAAGGGAAAUCCUUACAAGCUACUCUAUGGAGAUCUAAACGAACUGACGAAAAGCGUAAUAGAAGCCAAGUCUAAGCCCAUCAAUUUCUCUGAUGAUAUAGCGCAAAGGCUCAUCCCUUUUUUCCUUAACGCCAUCAACAAAAAUGGUAAAAACUCUUUCGUCUGGCUUGGACCGUAUCCAAUAGUGUUGAUCACGGAUCCUGAGCAUUUAAAAGAGAUUUUCACAAAGAAUUAUGUGUAUCAAAAGCAAACUCAUCCCAAUCCAUACGCCAAGUUAUUAGCUCACGGUCUUGUCAGCCUUGAGGAAGACAAAUGGGCUAAACACAGAAAAAUCAUCAAUCCUGCCUUCCAUGUCGAGAAGCUAAAGCAUAUGCUGCCAUCAUUUUAUCUGAGUUGUAGUGAAAUGAUAAGUAAAUGGGAGGAGGUUGUUCCAAAAGAAACAUCAUUCGAGCUCGAUGUAUGGCCAGACCUUCAAAUAAUGACCAGUGAAGUCAUUUCUCGCACAGCAUUUGGGAGUAGCUAUGAAGAGGGAAGAAUAGUAUUUGAACUUCAGAAAGAACAAGCUGAGUAUGUAAUGGACAUAGGACGUUCAAUUUAUAUACCAGGAUCAAGGUUCUUGCCUACUAAAAGGAACAAAAGAAUGCUGGAAAUUGAAAAGCAAGUCCAAACAACAAUUAGGCGUAUUAUCGACAAAAGAUUGAAGGCAAUGGAAGAAGGGGAGAGCAGUAAAGAUGACUUAUUAGGCAUAUUACUUGAAUCCAAUAUGAAAGAAAUUGAACUUCAUGGAAGAAAAGACUUCGGAAUAACAACAUCAGAAGUGAUUGAAGAGUGCAAGUUAUUUUAUUUUGCCGGCCAAGAGACCACUUCAGUUUUGCUUGUUUGGACUAUGAUUUUGCUAUGCCUACAUCCAGAGUGGCAAGUACGUGCCAGAGAGGAGGUUUUGCAGGUCUUCGGAGAUGAAAAACCAGAUUUGGAAGGACUAAGCCGCCUGAAAAUUGUGACAAUGAUCUUGUACGAGACAUUACGCCUAUUCCCCCCAUUACCAGUAUUUGGUAGAAGGAACAAAGAAGAAGUCAAAUUAGGUGAGCUACAUCUACCAGCGGGAAUGCUACUAGUUAUACCAGCAAUCUUAGUACAUUAUGAUAAGGAAAUAUGGGGUGAAGACGCAAAGGAAUUCAAACCAGAAAGAUUCAGUGAAGGAGUGUCUAAGGCAACAAAUGGACAAGUCUCAUUUAUACCAUUUAGCUGGGGACCUCGUGUUUGUAUUGGACAAAACUUCGCAAUGAUGGAAGCAAAAAUGGCAGUAGCUAUGAUACUACAAAAAUUCUCCUUUGAACUAUCCCCAUCUUAUACACAUGCUCCAUUUGCAAUUGUGACGAUUCAUCCACAGUAUGGUGCUCCUCUGCUUAUGCGCAAACUUUAAAAUAUAUGUUGCUGAUCUGUUAGAUCAAUGGCGUCUAUGUUUCUAAUACUAAAUAGUUGUGUGAUGAGCGCAUCACACUUUUCGAAUUAUAACACUUGUUUUUAAAUGUUA